CAGGAAUCAGGAUGAAGUCAGUGGUAUGUGGUCCCACAAACCCCAACAGGACUGUCCGUUUCCUACACUAUGAUCGAUGUACCUUCGAACUUGAAAUAACACAAGCUGACAUGGAUUAACAGAAGAGGGGAGAGUCCGCUUCGUGUCCAGGUCCCUCCCUCUCCCGCUCCACAGCAGUGGUCAGGUGGCAUCAUGGCAUCUCGGCUUCUGGACCGUCUGAAGCGCUCGCUGUUUAAAGAUGGUCAGGGGGUGGAAGCGGAGCUGGAAGCAGGAAGCGGGCUGGAAGAAGAGGUGCUUAAUGAGGACCGGUGGGAGGCGGAGCUGGAGGAGGAAGAGGAGUGUGUCACCGACCGGCUCGGAGGGACUCUGUGCUUCGACAGUGGAGACGGUGGGCUGGAGGACGGAGCUGAUGGCGAGGGGUCAGGGCUGGACAGCGACUCCGACUUCCUGGGAGAGUCGAUGGAGGAGGGGCUCAGCAGCACAGAUGCUAGUCCGGUGGGCGUGUCCCCGAUCGGCCCAUCUCCAUCCUCCCUGCUGACUCGGCAGCUUCAGGACAGCUGGAGGAGUCUGCUAGGACUCGGGCCAGGACGUUCGGUCCCUUCCUUCAGUCGGCAGAUGGACACUUUGCUCUUCGAGGUGACGGAUGCCAGCGUGGUGCAGGACGGCUCUUCAAAAUACGUGCUCUACACCAUCCACGUGGUUCAGUCCGGCGGCAGCGACAAGACUCCAGCCAUCAUUACUCGACGUUACUCCGACUUCCAGCGCCUCCACGCCACACUGCGGCGUAACUAUGGAGACCAGAUGGAGCGCGUUUGUUUCCCACGCAAAAAGCUGCGGAGAAAUUUCACGGCGGAGACCAUCGCUAAGCGUAGCCGGGCGUUUGAACAGUACCUGUCUCACCUGUGUUUCCUGUCCUCCCUCCGGGGGACGCCGUGCGUCCGACACUUCUUCUACCUGAGCGACCUGCAGACUGGACAGCUGCUCAUCAGGGCGGGACGUUUCCAGGAGGCCUUGGGUCCACUGCUCAACGCCAAGAGACUCCAACACAAACUGGGAUGGACAAGUUACCAUGACAACUGGGCUCAGUCUCCUCCUCCCGCCUCUUCCCAUUGGUUCUUCACCUUGGUGGGGCUGUUGUGCUGUUUCCAGGAGGUGGACCAGCUGGAGGAGGCUUGGGACCACUGUGAACACGCCCUCUGCGUGCUGAGGGCCCCCGAAGCUCAGACCAGUGGCGAGGACAAGCCCCUCCCCUCUCACCCGCUGCUGCUGCCGCUGUUACAGGCGGGGGUUCGGCUGUCAUGGCAGACAGGAAGAGACAAACGGCAGUGGGAGGGGCUUCUGCAUCGCCUGGAGGAGCAGCAGGCGGGGCUGGACAAUCAUCCAACCAUCAAAGAGUUUCUGGUCAAAUACGACCUGCAGGACAGCGAAGUCAAGGGUUAGCAGCACACACACUCUGCGGGCAGUCCGUGUGGUACGACGGGAGAACCGGAGAUUCUCAGGAUGAAGUUAAAGCUGAAACAUUUCACCCUUUCAGUGACACAUUUCAUUUCAUCGUUUUCUAAUCAGAAUCUCUGAUCAGUCAAACUUUUAAAGCCUUAAAAUAAUCAGAAAUUUGAUGCUGCUGGUCCUCAUUUAGCCCAAAGUUCAAGUUGCUCCUCACAAUAAUCGACACCCAUCUGUUGUUUUACUUUAAGAGCAUAAAAAGCUUAAUUUAGCAGUUUGAAUGUCAGACCUUACAAAACACUGAUGGUGCAUUACAACCCAUAAACAAAACAUAGUCCGGUUCGUUUCAACCCUGAGCUGAUCUGGUUCUGGAGGGUGUUUCUGAGGAGGCUCGUCUCGGGGCUGCUGACGCCGACAGGAAGUGUCUGUCAGCAGGUUAAAGGUCUGUGGAGUAAAUAAGUGUCAUACAUGUUGGACGGGUCUCCUUUAGACUGAAACAACUGCAGUGAGUUUACCGUCUGAUUUGGUGAGACCUCAGGCUAGAUGCAUACACCACACACACACACACAAAAGCCACAGCGGCUGGUAUAUCUACAGGGAUGUGCACAGAUUCCUCAGGCUACAUGUGUAACCCUGGUAUGAUGUGAAAAUGAGAUCAGGUGAGACGAUUCAAGCCGACGACGUCAUUUCAUUUCUCAUCAGAUUUUGAUUUAAACUCUUAUUUAAAGAUUGUGUGAAAAUGAUUUUGCUAAUUAGCUCCGUGAUCCGUGUGUACGUCUGAGAUGUGUCUCGACCUGCAGCUCAGCUUCCUGUCAGCCAUUUCUAACCUUUCACAUUUCAUCUCUUACUUUUACAAUCAGCUGUUUUUGUUUUGGUUCUGAAUCCAGAACUGAGAAAAUAGAUAAAUUUAUUUUCUCAGUUUCACAUCCGUUAAAGCUUCAUCUGCUUCUUCUUUGCUGCUUUCAUUAAGUCUGAUUAGCUGCAGUUCGGACUGUUUUAGAGGAGAUCUGCAUGCACUCAUGGUUUUAAAAAGAGUGAAAAUCAGGUUUGUGUGAGUAGUUUUAUGAUGGCUGAGAUUUAUUAUUAAACAUGGCUGUAUAGAUCAUUUCUGCUCCGUGUGCACACACGUUAGUCGAGGAAGAGAGUUGUAUGCAUCUGACCUAAGGUCAGUUCAGGCCUUCAAAGCUUUCUAUACUCUGCCUGUGUCGGACAGAUGAACGUUACUACUUCCUGGCUUGGUUUAAACUCACCGCCAGGAUCCAGACACUCCACAAAGCACCUUCCAGAGCUCAGACAGGCAGCAGGUUGUUCAGGCAUCAUCAUCGUCAUCAUUCUGAUGCUGAACUGUUUCUACAUCCAAAGCAUCUUCUGGAUCUGAUUGCACCAAAACCUACAUGAAAGUCCUGGAUACGGUCGGGACUAUUUACUGGAUGUUUUCCUUCAUUUUGAAUUAGUUUUGGGGUUAAAUCAUGAUGGAUCUUCAUCAUCAGGAGCCAGUUCAGAACUCAGAACACGACUGGACUGACUCACCACUUCAACAUGCUGCUGCCCUCAGUCAUAACUUAGAUACGGUUGCUAUGGAAACCUGUGGUUUUAGUGAUGCUGGUGACCUGCAGUGAUGACUAGUUAAUAGACAAAAAUAGAUGUGAGAGGUUUGAUUCAAAUCGGCAGGAAAAAUGAGGAAGGAGUCAGAGUUUCUGACGUUUAUUUUUAGCCGAACUGAGGUAUUGUUUUCAGUUUAAAAGAAGUGAAUAAUAAGGGACAAAACACAGUGAAAGGUUUGUGAGGGAAAUUGUGGUUUUAAACAUGACUUACUAUGCACAUGUACAGAUUUCUGCACUUGUCCUGCAUCAUGCUGACAUUUCAAGCCUUGCCCCCAUUUCAGGUGUCAGACUUUGGUCUGAUCAGCUCAGAUAUUCAUUCGGUGUGCGGAGCACAGAGAUGAACCUGAAUAAAAGCACUUUACAAGCUCAGUGUGAUGCAGACAGAACGGAUGCAUUCAGUGUGACUGAGACGCCCUCUCAGUUCCUGCUUCUUCUUCAUGUGACCCUGCAACACUUCAGCUUGGGUGAAUGUUUGUACGUACGCAGCAAUUGACACAGGAACAGCUGAAGUAGCCAUUUAGUCCUCUCUGGUUGAUGGGUUUAGUUCACUAACACCAGUCCGGUGGAACAGACUGCUGGAUGACUUCAUAAAAACACAAUCAGGUGUCUGCAGAUUUGCAGGGCUGCACAACCCCAGUGCAUGAUGGGAAACGGCCAUCUCCACCCAGCUGGUUCCACCUGGUCCAGUUAAAACUGAGAGUGGUGAGAUUGUUGCUGGUGUUAAUGUCAACCUUUAAAACGGGGUCACAGCUGAGUUUUCUAUCAGAGUGGACUUUGCGACAUUUCAUGGUGAUUGUGCCCACUGGCUUUUCCCCAGUUUGUCUGGGUUAGUUUCCAGUCCUGGUUCUGCAGAAACUCCUGUUUCAUACCUACAGCUGCUUAAUGAAGGGGUCACAUGGUUUACCUUCAGGUUUUAUACACUUGCUGUGUUUAUUCAUUUGAUUGUUGUGUCUGAAACGUGUAUUUUGGUAACAAUGAUCGGGUGAGACGUGGUCCUCCUACAGCUUUUACAGAUAUUUAAGCUUCACUUCUGGGAAUCUUUGUUCAUCUUUAUCACUGAUCUAUGGUCUGAGUUGUUUCUGUCUCAGUCUGAGAAGCUUCUGUUUGGUUAUUUUUCCUCCUCUGUCACUCUUCACAUCUUCUUUCUCGGCACAAAUUCAGCUGGAAUAUUUCAGAUAUGGAUUUUUCAUAAUUAUGACAUUUCUGCUGCAGUGUUAUAUACAAGUAUGUUUUUAUGAAAUAAAUUUAUACCAACU